CUCAAUAAUUAUUGUUUGCAAACAUUAUUAACGAAUAUUUUAUUAUUAGUUAACUGUUUUGACAAUCAAUUAAUUAAUUAAAUAAAUAAAUUGAUUACAAGUAUUGUAAUAAAUAUUUGUCAAACUGUUAGCCAUCGAUGAGUUCAGACGUGUCCACCGCCGCCGCCACCACAUCAUCGACAAUAACCAACACGUCUUCGUCCGACUUAAACGAUAAUCUGAUCCAAUAUCUGUCGCGUCUGAAACAACCGCUAAUAGAUAAACUCUAUACGAGUUCGGCCACAAGUUUGGCAGUCUAUCGGGAGUUACCCGAAUUGGCCAAACAUUAUGUGAUGCGAUUGUUGUUUGUCGACCAAACGAUACCGCAAGCGGUGAUCGCCUCGUGGGUCAAGAAUAUCAGCGAACAUAACGAAGCGUCCGAAGUGUUGACCAGACUUCACGUAUGGAAGAGCCAAACGUUGCCGACUGGUCUGCCCGGUUGGCUACUGAAUCCAUGCUUUCGCGACAGUCUCAAAGUGGCACUUCUUGGAGGUGGCGAACAGUGGUCGCUAUAUAAGGAUCUAUCUAAAGACAAACACGCACCGGAUGUCGAAUAUUUGGACAGUUAUGCUAACAAACGAUGGGAAUCAAUGCUCAACUUUAUGGUCGAACGGAAACAACAAAAUCCAGAAAAUGCUAUCAGUUUGGACACAAAGAAAGUCCUAAUUCAGGCCAAUCUGAUCCGUUUGGAUGAUCCGAACGACAUACCGGAUAUUACGGCAAACGGAUUUCAAUUCUUAUUGAUGGACGUCAUGUCUCAAGUCUGGCAUUUUUUAGUGAAAUAUUUGGAAACACUUCAGACAAAAGGUCUCGAUUUAGCCGAAGCACUGAUUUUUCUCUUUCAACUGAGUUUUCUUACGUUAGGAAAAAAUUACUCGACUGAAAGUAUGAGUGACUCAAAUCUGUCAAUUCUUCAGAAUUUAAGAGAAUUUGGUUUAGUUUAUCAAAGAAAACGAAAAGACGGCCGAUUUUAUCCGACAAGACUUGCCAUAAAUCUGGUCAGCGGUCUUAAGGAAGCACCGGUACACACGAAAAGACCCGGUUUUAUAAUUGUUGAAACAAAUUAUAGAGUAUAUGCUUAUACAGAUUCUCCGAUACAAAUUGCAUUGUUGUCCAUAUUUACGGAAAUGCAAUACCGUUUCCCAAAGUUUGUGUUGGGAGCUAUUACUCGGGAAAGUUGUCGACAAGCCUACAAAUUUGGCAUAAAUGCCAAACAAAUAGUCAAUUUUUUGGUAAUGCAUUCGCAUCCUGAGCUACAAAAACAAAAUCCAAUAGUUCCGGCCACUGUUGUCGAUCAGAUAUCUCUGUGGGAACAGGAAAGGGAUCGAUUGGUUUAUACAGAUGGUGUACUAUACAGUCAAUUCAAUUCGCAGCCAGAUUUCGAUUUGCUUAAGAAAUAUGCGAAUGAUCUGGGUGUUUUGAUUUGGAGCAAUCCUAUGCGCCGGGUUAUGGUUGUCACCAAUGAGGGACACGACGAAGUCAGACGUUUCUGGAAACGACACAAAAAAGAUCAUUAA